AUGACUACAACUAUCAGUAAAAGUACAACCCCCGCAGCCGUAAAAGCAUCCGGAUCACCAGCCAAGAAGAAACAACGAAACAAUGCUGCCAAGAAAAGUUCAGUUGCUACAGCAUCACCACAACCUGUUUUCCCAGCCAACCGUGAUAGCGUAUCCAUGGACCACAAUAAUCCAGUAUUCAUGGCAGCCGCAGCUGCAGCCGCAGCUAACGAUCUUGCUAUGGUUUUUCCUUUCAGUGGUAUGAAUACCAGCAGCACGGAGCAACAAUCAUCGGCCUUUUCAGCUAAGCCGAAAGAAGUAUCAGCAGGUCCCCCACGUCACGAGAACACGACAUUGUUACCAAUAGCAAGCUCACAAAUGGCGACUGGUUCUCCCGCACCACCACCACCAACUGCAGGUCCGAUUGCAUGGCACCUGUUGUUAUCGUACUAUUAUCAGCAACAACUUUUGUUACCUCCUUUGGUUAAGGAUGAUGUAUUUCUAGCAGCACCCUCUGUAAUCAAUGACAAUGAAUCGGUCAUCACAACCAACAGCAGCAAUGAUGAUGGCAGCAGCAACAGCAGUGCAACAGCAGCAGCAGCAGCCCCUAACUCAACUGUUGGGUGGGCCCCUACCCCUUGCUUGUCCCCCGUAACAUCUCCUUCGGACUUUUUGUGCAACCACGAGCCGCUCUUUGACGGCAUCGAGGAUCUGCAGCAGCAACAGCAACAACAUAAACACACACAUAACAGCAACUAUUUUGACGACAAUGACGAUACCCAAAUCACCUCCAAUAUCACCAAUGAUGAUCAUCCUGCUUCUGAAACAAGCGAUUCACCUGCAACACCACCGCCAUUAUUCGAUUGGUACGAUUUCAAGGAUGACAACGAUAAUGCCGCACACAUGCCUACUCCUUCGCCAACAGCUUCCGAUCAUGAAUCCUGCAGUCUGUUUGGCGAUGUCGAUGAGCCACUUGAUUUUGAUGAUGAAAUCAGCAGCAUAUGCAGUGAUGAAGAUGUCACUCGACGACGUGAAUUAUCAUUUGAUGAUGAUGAAGAGGAAGAAGAUGAUGAAGAUGAUGAGGAUGGUUAUGCUCUACCAUCAUCAGGCACAUCACUCAAACGAAAACGAUCCAUGUUGAGUAGUGAUGAGGAAGAUGAUGAUGAUGAUGAAGAUGAAGGUGAUCAAGGUAUCAUGGAGCAUGUUGAAGAAGAUCAAGAAGGAUUGGCCAAGGACAAUAUUCCAGUAUUACAACGUUUGCAUCGUUUACGACUAUCACCACCUGUUGUAUCCAAACCAACAACUACAGCUACGCGCAAAACACCUGUCAAUCAGCAACGUAAGCAAAAGCCCAAACCUGCUGCCAAGAGACGCACCAAAAGACAUUCUGGUAGACGUGGUGCACGACCCAAGGCAAUCCCUGCUGCUGCUGUAUACGAUGAUUUGGAAGAUGAACAAGAUGGUGUACACCGCACAAUCUUUGAACGUUUGACACAUGCUGGUAUUGAUUGGUGUCGCUAUUGUGGUACAACCGAAGGUGUAAAUUGGCGUCCAGGUCCAUGGGGCAAACGCACCUUGUGCAACAAACACGGAUGUGACUAUAAGGGUUAUGGCAUUGCAAGCCGACUACCACGAUUGGACUUGUCCGCAUUUUCAAACGAAAAACUGGAAGAUCGGCGACGACCGGUUGUGCAGCAAUUUUGUGUUGUCUGUCAAAAGCCUGAAUCGACCAAUGACAACAAAUUGAUCCCUUGUGAAGGUGGAUGUUCUCGUGCUUAUCAUCAACAAUGUCGUAUUCCUGCAAUCACAACGGCUGCCUAUCAAGAUCAGCAAUGGUGCUGCAGCACCGUUUGUCGUGAAAAUCGCAAACGCAACAAGGUUGGGCCCUAUGAAAUGUGA